ACGAAACACACACCGUCUCCCAUGCUCCCUGGGGCCUUUGAACGCCCUAGCAAGCUCGGAGAUGCUGUGAGGCAUCUCCUUCGCCGCUACUGGCCAUUUUUCCUCCUCCUACCUACGGGUUUACUGUUUCUAUCGGCUUCCUCGUACACUCCCCCACAAUACCGUCUUUCGUUCUUCAAUUCACGGCCUAGCACCGGACGCCGUCCACCGCAAGUCAGUGUUCCUAAGGGGGAUCUGUGGGCUGGACGUGCGAAUGAAGUGCGGAAAGCUUUCAAGCAUGGCUACGAGGGCUAUCGCAAGUUUGCGUUGCCCAAGGACGAGCUGAAACCAAUGACGCCAGAGGGAGUAAACAAUUUCCAUGGCUGGGGGGUUACGAUGUACGACUCGCUUGACACGAUGUGGCUUAUGGGUCUGGAGGACUUGUUCUACAAGACCGUGGACCAGAUCUCCGCAGAGACAUUCAAUACGCCGCCCGACGAGUACGCCCACUUCUUCGAGGUCGUAAUCCGCUACCUUGGCGGAUUAUUAUCUGCCUAUGGCCUGUCGGAGGAUCCCCGACUUUUGACGCUGGCGGAAAGGCUGGGAGAGAAACUCAUGCCCGCAUUCGAUUCUCCGAGUGGAUUUCCAUACUGGGGUGUGGACACGACUACUGGUGAGCCGCAGAAGAAGCAAAAGGCUACUUGCAUGGCGGAAGCUUUUAGCAACCAAAUGGAAUACAAGUACCUCGCUCACAUUACUGGCAAGGCCAAGUUCUAUACCGCGACAGACAAGCCGAUGAAGGCAUUGCACAAGCCCGAUAACAUUGUUGCCGGCGGUCUAUAUGGCACAAUCUGGAAUCUAGCCACCGGGUUGCCUAAUAGCACUGCCGUUGGGAUCGGUGGUUGCGCCGACUCGGCUUAUGAAUAUUUUCUCAAGCAAUGGCUUAUGACCGGGCAACGAGAACCCAAGAUGCGUGAUUUAUAUUUGCACAGUGCGAAUUCCAUUAUCGAGAAUAUGCUAUACGUUUCCGCCAAUCGGCCCAUGCUCUACGCUUCAGACCUCAUUGACGGCAAGCCACGCAACCAUUUCGAACAUCUCACAUGCUUCCUCCCUGCCGUUUUCGCUCUGGGUGCGCGAGCUCCGGCGCUGGGCCUUAGCCCACAAGAUAAAGAGCGCCAUCUAUGGGCAGCGGAGGGAUUGGCCAAUACGUGUUGGACGAUGUACAAUGAUAUGCAGUCGGGACUGAGUCCGGACCACAUAGUCCUGGAACAGUGGUCGGGUUACGAGCGCAGUAGAUGGGUGAAUUUGCUCGCUGAAUGGCAGAAGAAGGGGAAGGACGGUCUACCGCCCGGCGUUGCCAAGGUCGAGAGGGAGCCAGAUGCGUCGAGAAGAGGGUAUGCGACCCUGAAAGAUGCCUAUCUGCUGAGACCUGAGACCGUCGAGACGUUUUACCUUAUGUGGAGGACAACCGGAGACGUCAAAUGGCGGGAACGGGGCUGGGAGGUCUUCCAGUCAAUUGAGAAGUACACUCGCGUCAAGUUCGGCUACACAUCCGUUCGAUACCUUGACGAGAAGACAUACGCGCCAGCCAGGACCGACGACCAGCCAAGCUGGUUUUUCGCUGAGACAUUGAAAUAUCUAUUCUUGCUGUUCACCGAUGAAGAACUUGUCCCACUUGACAAAUAUGUGUUCAACACCGAAGCACAUCCAUUCCCCGUUUUCGAGUGGACGCCGAAAGAGAUAGCAGAGUUUCCCAUAGAGAUGUAG